AUGGCGGAGAAGGACGCCGGAAACGUGAACGGGAAGGAGAAAGGAUCGACGAAGCGUUGGAGUUUACUGAUCGGAGCUAUAUCUGCCGUUCUUUUAGCCGUCGUGUUCGCUGUGUUUUUGAAUAUUCAGAAUUCGUCGAUUUAUGAGUUUACCGGAAAGAUAUGCAGCUGCCGUCAGGCUGAGCAGCAGAAGUACAUUGGGAUGGUCGAAGAUUGUUGUUGUGAUUACGAGACGGUGAAUCAGCUAAACACGGAAGUUUUGCAUCCAUUGCUUCAAGACCUUGUUAAGACACCAUUUUACCGAUAUUUCAAGGUUAAACUAUGGUGUGAUUGCCCGUUUUGGCCUGAUGAUGGCAUGUGCCGGUUAAGAGAUUGUAGUGUUUGUGAAUGUCCUGAAAGCGAGUUCCCUGAACCGUUUAAGAAGCCAUUAAGCCAAUACAAUCCUGUUUGUCAAGAAGGGAAACCACAAGCUGCUGUUGACCGUACCGUAGACACGAGAGCUUUCAGUGUUUGGACAGUCACAGAUAAUCCCUGGACAAGUGAUGAUGAAACUGACAACGAUGACAUGACAUAUGUUAAUCUUCGGUUGAAUCCCGAACGGUACACUGGUUAUAUUGGCCCGUCAGCUAGAAGGAUAUGGGAGGCUAUAUACUCUGAAAACUGUCCCAAAUAUGCAUCUGAAGAGUCGUGCCAAGAAGAGAAGAUAUUGUACAAAUUGGUCUCUGGUCUUCACUCAUCUAUUUCAGUUCAUAUAGCUUCAGAUUAUUUACUUGAUGAAGCUACAAACUUGUGGGGUCAAAACCUGACAUUGUUGUAUGAUCGUGUGUUAAGAUACCCAGAUCGCGUUCGGAACCUAUACUUCACAUUUUUGUUUGUUCUCAGAGCAGUGACAAAGGCUGAAAAUUACUUGGAAGAGGCUGAAUACGAAACUGGUAAUGUCAUCGAGGACUUGAAGACCAAAUCACUGGUGAAACAACUAGUUAGUGACCCCAAAACUAAAGCCGCUUGUCCAGUACCAUUUGAUGAAGCUAAACUCUGGAAAGGCCAACGUGGACCAGAACUGAAACAACAGAUACAAAAACAGUUCAGAAACAUAAGUGCCAUAAUGGACUGUGUAGGCUGUGAGAAAUGUCGUCUAUGGGGAAAGCUCCAGAUUCUGGGACUCGGCACUGCAUUGAAAAUCCUAUUCACUGUCAACGGUGAAGACAAUCUGCGUCAUAAUAUCGAAUUGCAAAGGAAUGAAGUGAUUGCGCUGAUGAAUCUGCUCAACCGAUUAUCUGAAUCAGUGAAAUUUGUUCAUGACAUGAGUCCUGCAGCCGAGAGAAUCGCAGGACAUGCCUCUCCAGUGAACAGCUUUUGGCAGAGAAAGAGAAUAAAACAUAUGCUGAUCUCUUAA